AUGACACCUGUCACGACAGAAGUACGUGAACACGAUCCGGUGUCUUCAGACGAUGACACUGGCAUUUAUUUCGAAGCAAGAAAAUCCGCCGCUUUGCCUAUCCCAAACUCGUCGCCUCGAAGUAAACAACAGCAGCAGCACCAGCAAAAUGCUGCGUCGUCGAGUUCAUCCAGUGUUGAACGCGGUAUUUUGCCUGCUUCUUCGUCUGCUGCGAGCAAUUCCCUCGCCAAUACUUCCUCUACAAAUAACAAUAGUAACAAUAUUACACGAACGUCAACAAAUGGAGUUCUAAGUGGAAGUAUUACACCAAGUACAUCAACGCCGUUUAUACAGCAACCGCAACACGAAGCGCCUCUAACGACAUUGACGAUUCCAGAGGGAAGUAUUAGUACGUCGAUCGGAGCAAGCAGUAGCGUUGGAUCACUGUCUUCUCUGUUCAGUCGAAACAGUCUUCGUCAUCACCAUCAUCAUCUCCACCAUCAUCCAAAAAAACCGAAAAACAGCCUUAUCAAGACCAACUCCAGCUUUGUAGUGCGGAUGACAGUGCACGAAAAGCUCUCUAAUAUUCUGGCCACUCGCACCAUCGACGAUACAUAUUUGUUCUUCAAUGUUGGGAUGAAUUUUGUAUGGAUGGACGGUAGUCAAAAAGUCAAGGAAUGUUUAUCGAAAAUCAUCUUUUCAAAAGCAUACCCCACUUGUCACGAUGUAAAUAAAGCAACAAACGGCAGUGACCAUAUGGACGUAAUUAUUGGGUUUUCAACAGGCGAUUGCAUGUGGUACGAUCCAAUCAGCAGUAAAUACGCACGUUUAAACAAAGGAGGAAUCGUUAAUACAUCAGUAGCAACUUGUGUGAAAUGGGUGCCUGGAUCAGAAGAGUUGUUCCUGAUAUCGUUCAGCGAUGGCUCUGUCUUAUUGAUGGAUAAGGAGCGAGAUGAUCAGGCAUUUACACCUGCGUCUCCGUCUUCUUGGGCUGAGCAACAAUUUCAAGUGACCAAGCCACGGAAAAGUGCUAAAUAUAACCCAGUAUCACACUGGAAAGUAGCUGAUAAAAGUAUAACGGCACUAGAAUUUUCACCAGAGGGGUCAAAUGUGGCAGUAGCGUGUGCAGAUGGGACGUUGCGUAUCAUUGAUUACACAAACGAACGAUUAUGCGAUGUUUAUGCAGGGUAUUUUGGCAAGCUCCACUGUGUUGCCUGGAGUCCCGAUGGUCGUUACAUUCUGACCGGCGGUCAGGACGAUCUGGUUACAAUCUGGUCAUUACAUGAGCAGAAAAUCGUUGCGCGAUGUCAAGGACAUAAAUCUUGGGUAACCGCGGUAGCAUUUGAUCCGUGGAAGUGUGACGAUAAAGUGUAUCGGUUUGGUAGUGUUGGUGAAGACUGCCGCAUGAUCCUUUGGGAUUUCUCAUUCAGCGCAUUGCAUAGACCAAAACAUGUAUAUCACGCACCUAAAUCACCACCGAUCCUAUCGUCGAAUCAUCACACGCCCGUCCGACGCAGCAAAUCCAGACUGAGUCGAUUCCGACGACGCACAUCACGCUCUGCCAAUGUGUUUGGUGACCACGAUGACGAAGACGACGAUUCCAUGUAUACGCACGACCAAGCGUUGCAUUUACGACUCGCAACAAUGCAUCCUAUUCUAAACAAGGAUCAAGUACCUUAUUUACAACCCGUCAUGUCUCAAACUGUACAUGCCGAUCCAUGCACGUAUAUUUCCUUCCACAAAGAUUGCAUUGUUACGGCGGAUAGACGAGGGAAAGUCAGAACUUGGGGCAGGCCCUGA